CUGUCGAGCACAGAUCUCCUCCAGUAUCUUUGCUGCCGAGCGGGGCCGGGGUCGAGGUCGAGGUCCCAGAGCCUCCAGCAGCAGCGGCGGCAAUGGCGUUCGUCACGGCCAACUGGAACCCGCUGGGGGAUGUGUUUUACAGGAAGUUUGCCCUGUAUUCCGAAUGGAAGCUGAAGGAGGAUAUCAGUAACUCUUUAAUUGCAGCCGCACCAUAUGGUGGUCCGAUUGCCUUGAUGACCAAUGAAUCCCGAAAGGAGAGGUCUCCAAGUUUCCGUCCUGUCAUGGAAAUAUACUCUUCUUCAGGAAAUCGAAUAGUUUCUUUUCCGUGGAAAAGUGGUAUAGUGGUUCACAUUGGAUGGACUACAAAUGAGGAUCUUCUCUGUAUACAAGAUGAUGGAGCUGUUCUAAUCCAUAAUAUUUUUGGCUCAUUUAAGAGACACUUCAGCAUGGGUAAUGAGGUGCUACAGAAUCGAGUUAUGGAGGCCAAAGUUUUCCACUCUGCUUAUGGCUCAGGAAUCGCUAUACUUACUGGUGCUUUUCGUUUCACACUUGCCACAAAUAUAGAUGAUCUCAAACUCCGACGAUUUCCUGAAAUUCCAGGAUUAAAAUGUCCACCAACAUGUUGGGCUGUAUUAAUGGAAGAUCGACAAACUAAAAUUAUUCUGGCUACUGGGAAGGAUUUGUACGUCUUAGAUAAUGCAUCCUACAAAUCUGUGAGUCCUCCUGGUCUUGGUCCUCAAGUAGGUGGAUUUACCCAAAUUGCCAUUUCAUUCAAUUAUAAAUGGCUCGCUCUGUUCACAGACACUGGCAGUAUUUGGCUGGGCUAUUCUUCAUUGAAGGACAUGCUGUGCAUGGUUGACACGAAUUUCCAAACAGCACCUAAACAGUUUGUCUGGUGUAACAGACCAAAAAGCAGCAAUCCUACAGUAAUUGGAAUCUGGGAUAAAUUGCUUUUCAUAGCUGGAAGAGCGGAGGAGACCAUCAAAUUUUAUCUCGAUGAGGAUGUUCAUUUAGUACCUGAGAUCGAUGGGGUUCGUAUUAUUAGCUCAAACACUCAUGAGUUUCUACAUGAGGUCCCACCUGCCUGCCAAGAUAUUUUUAAAAUUGCCUCCAUGGCACCUGGUGCAUUACUGCUGGAAGCUCAUAAAGAAUAUGAGAAAGAGAGCCAGAAAGCUGAUGAAUAUUUACGAGAGAUAAAGGAACAAAACCUCUUGUAUGAGGCUGUGGAGCAAUGCAUUGAGGCAGCAGGCAAUGAGUAUGAACCCCAGAUGCAGAAGGCCUUGCUGAGGGCAGCCUCUUUUGGUAAAUGCUUUAUCAGCAACUUUCCUCCAGAUACAUUUGUGAAGAUGGCUCGAGAUCUACGGGUGUUGAACGCCAUUCGUGACUAUGCUGUUGGCAUCCCCCUCAGUUAUCCUCAAUAUAAACAACUCACUAUUGAAAUUCUAAUCGAUAGAUUAAUUUUACGUAAAUUGUAUCCGCUGGCAAUAAAGAUUUGUGAGUAUAUGAAAAUAUCGGAAUUUCAAGGAGCAAGUCGGAUAUUGGCUCAUUGGGCUUGUUAUAAGGUACAACAGAAGGAAGAACCUGAUGAUAGCAUUGCGCGAGCAAUCAACCACAAACUUGGGGACACUCCUGGCAUUUCUUAUUCUGAGAUUGCUGCCAAAGCUUAUGAUUGUGGCAGAACAGAGCUAGGGAUAAAGCUUCUAGAGUAUGAACCAAGGUCUGGCGAGCAGGUGCCCCUGUUGUUAAAGAUGAAAAGAAGUCAGCUGGCACUACUUAAAGCAAUAGAAAGUGGAGACACUGAUUUAGUAUAUACUGUUGUGGCACAUCUAAAAAAUGAAAUGAACAGAGGAGAUUUUUUUAUGACUCUACAGAAUCAGCCUGUGGCAUUGAGUCUUUACCGUCAGUUCUGUAAGCACCAGGAGCCCGAGACACUCAAGGAUCUAUUCAAUCAGGAUGACAACCAUCAGGAACUUGGCAACUUCUAUGUGCGUUCCAGUUACUGUAAUGAAACGACAAUCGAGGGGCGAGUAGCCAAUUUGCAGAGUGCAGUGGAUGAAUACAAUAAAGCUAAGCAUGAAAUCGCUGCCAAGAUCACAGAAGACCAAAUUAAAUUGUUGCGAUAUCAGUAUCGCUUGCAGAAGGAGGUUGGUAAGACAUACCUGGAUUUAUCAUUACAUGACACUGUCUCCACACUGUUACUGGAAAGCAAGCACAAGCAAGCUGAACAGCUUUACAAAGACUUUAAAAUUCCUGACAAAAGGUUCUGGUGGCUAAAGAUUGCUGCACUGGCAGAGAAAGGAGACUGGGAGGAACUCGAAAAAUUUUCCAAAAGCAAAAAGUCCCCAAUAGGGUAUAUGCCAUUUGUAGAAAUAUGUGUGAAACAUCACAACAAGUAUGAAGCUAAGAAGUAUGUAGCAAAAGUCAACCCAGAGCAGAAAGUGAAAGGACAUAUAAUUGUUGGAGAUCUAGAGCAAGCUGUGGAAGUUGCAACAGAACGCAAAAAUGAAAGCGAGUUGAACACAAUUCUUUCCAAGUGUACACCAGCUACUGAUCAGCGAAUUGUGGAGAAAAUUAACGCCGCAAAAACACAGAUUCUAAAGAAGUGAGAUGCAGCUUACAGAUGAUGAGAGUCCAACUAUGGACUAGUUCCCUAUUUGUAAUACAGAUGUAUAUUUGUAAAUAUGUUUAUAGUCAGUAUCAUGGACAUUUGCUUGAAACCGAUCUUCAUGUGGGCAUGAAGCACAAAAAGACAAACUGAUGAAUAGUUAUGCUGGAAAAAACAGAAGUACCUUAGUUUAACAAUUUGUUGCCAUUGAAAUGUAUAUCAUGCAAAUAUUUUUAAUGUCUCAUCUUGUAUAAUUAAAUAUUACUUAAGAUUGAUGCCACAGUAUAUGCACUAUAUAAACUACUUGGUGUGGAGUUAGUGUUUAUCAAAAGAAAGUUGAUUAAAUUAAAUGUACUUGCUC